AUGCGCUGCUCCACGCUCCUGGGCAUCCUAACCGGCGUGCUGCUCUACCUGGUAAUGGGGGCAGUGGUGUUUAAGCUGCUGGAGACCCCACACGAGGAGGGCCAACACAUCAGGCUGCAGGAUACCCGCCGAGACUUCCUUUUUAACUACACCUGUAUCAGCCCAGAGAUUCUGCAAGAACUCAUAGAGAAGGUUGCAGAUGCCAUUGGGGCAGGAAUUGACCCAAAGAAUAAUGACUCGUUUACCAGCAGCUGGGACCUUGCCAGCGCUUUCUUCUUCUCAGGCACUAUCAUCACUACGAUCGGUUAUGGAAACAUUGCACCAAAGACAGAUUGGGGCAAACUGUUCUGUAUCUGCUACGCUCUGGUGGGCAUCCCUAUGUUUGGGUUUCUGCUAGCCGGAGUUGGAGACCAUUUGGGUACUGGGCUGAGGAAAGCUGUUGCUAAGAUAGAAAUGCUUUUCCUGAGGUGGAAAGUGAGCACCACUAUUGUGCGAAUCAUCUCUGCUUUAUUCUCCAUCUUGCUGGGUUUGGUACUCUUCGUUUUUGUGCCCACACUGAUCUUCCAAGAGAUAGAGAAGUGGUCUUUGCUGGAAUCUGCCUACUUUGUGGUCAUCACCCUCACCACCGUGGGCUUUGGGGACUAUGUUGCAGGCGAUGGUGGGGCUGAAGGCACAGAGCACUGGUACAAGCCCCUGGUGUGGUUCUGGAUCCUACUCGGCUUGGCUUACUUUGCCUCCAUCCUCACCAUGAUUGGAAACUGGCUACGAGUCCUGUCCAGAAAAACCCGAGCUGAGAUGGAAGGUCUGAGAGCACAUGCCACUGACUGGACCCAAAACAUUCAGAACAUGUCUGUUGACUUCCGCAUUGCAGGCAAACUAGAUGAUCCAUUUAAGCGCCACCGACGAAGGCGUCGACGUGGCCCCCGUAGCCAUGGAACCAACCAGAGCGUCUCUGGCACUGCUGGCCCAAGAGACAGCAGGAGAAAGGACAACGGCUGUUCUGACAGUCAGUCUGAAUCUGGAUCCUACUCCUCUUACACAACUACCUCCAAUGAGUCAGACUUUGAAUCAGAGUCUCAGAGCUCAGAGUCAACCCAGACGGAGCGGGUGCCAGAUAUAGUGGAGGGUAAAGGAAAAACAGACCCCUCAGUCUCACAACCCUUGGAUUACUUUGGAGAAAAUCUAGCUUUUAUUGAUGAAUCUUCAGAUGCUGUUAGUGGAAAACUUCACCUGGACCCACUCCUGGAUAGACCCGAAUUCAAGACAAACAGGGCUAAGAGGAGACAUCACAGGAGAAGGAAAACACCAAAAAGUAGCCCUACCAAGCACAGUGAGCCUAACGGAGACAUUAUGCCCCCUGAUAACCCCCCUCCUCCUCCACCGCCAAAUCCUUAAUCAGGGAGAUCUUAUGAUGCAAAAGUAUUACACAAAAGUGCUUUGUUUUGGUUAACCUCUAAAGACAUCACUGUUUACUGCUUUUAAUAGCAAAGUUCCAGUGCCUAAAUUAGCACAGAUGAGGGUAAGUAGUAAUUUAGGAGGAAAAUCAGUGCAUACUGGUAUCAAAACAAUGCUCUUAGCUCCAUCUGCUGGCCUUUUUUGGAGUUGGAUGUGGCCUGCUUGCCUGUGGGAUACAGUACUGCACAUUAAGCAGUUGACAUGUUGGCCUUCAGUCUGCCUUUGUGCUCUUUAACCUCGUUAUUUUCA